AUAGAUCACCUUUAUAUGCAUAGAGCGAUUAAUAAGUAGUUGCUGUGUGGUGUGGAGCUCUGCUGUUGGCUUGUCGAUCAAAGUCAAGUAAUAAAGUUACUUUUUGCAGAUAAACGCUUGUAUGUACAUGUUGUAAUAAGACAACACGUGUUCCACGGAAACGUUUGCAAUUCCGAAAAUAAGCAAAAUUUUAGAUAUAAUGCCGUUGGCAACUCUAACGGCUCCUUGGACCGAGCAUCGUACAAAUGAAAAGCAAAGUACAGAGAUUCUUCCAGCUGAAAAUCAGGAAGAAACAAUGAUUACUCAAGGAAAUUUAAUUGAAAGAUCAAAUGGUUGCUCAGAAUCUCAUGAAAUUGAAGUACGCGACAUGGCGAGGGAUGGUUAUGAGAAAGCGGAACCAUCUCAUUUUGAAUUAUUAAAAGUACUUGGUCAAGGAUCCUUUGGCAAAGUAUUUUUAGUAAGAAAAGUUGUUGGAAAAGAUAGCGGGACUCUGUAUGCUAUGAAAGUCUUGAAGAAGGCGACCUUAAAAGUUCGUGAUAGAGUCAGAACCAAAAUGGAGAGAAAUAUAUUGGUAGAUGUAGAACAUCCAUUUAUUGUUCGGCUACAUUAUGCUUUUCAAACCGAAGGGAAGCUUUAUUUAAUUCUAGAUUUUCUAAAAGGUGGUGAUCUCUUUUCCAGAUUGUCUAAAGAGGUAAUGUUUACGGAAGACGACGUCAAAUUUUAUUUAGCCGAACUAGCACUCGCACUGGAUCAUAUACAUAAACUCGGAAUUAUUUAUCGAGAUUUGAAGCCCGAAAAUAUUUUGUUAGAUACUGAAGGCCAUAUAUCUUUAACGGAUUUUGGCUUAAGCAAACAACCUUUAGACGAUUCGAAAGCGUAUUCGUUUUGUGGCACUGUCGAAUAUAUGGCACCGGAAAUUGUCAACAGAAAAGGACAUACUUUUGCAGCAGAUUGGUGGAGUUUCGGUGUCUUAAUGUUUGAGAUGCUAACAGGCGCUCUCCCGUUCCAAGGUGCAAAUCGUAAAGAAACGAUGACACAAAUAUUGAAAGCUAAACUCGGGAUGCCGCACAAUCUUUCGUCGGAAGCGCAAGCGCUUCUGAGAGUAUUGUUUAAGAGAAAUCCGGCAAAUCGUCUUGGAUCUGGUGGGGUGGAAGAAAUUAAAAGUCACAUUUUCUUUGCUACCAUCGAUUGGGAUGCUCUUUAUAAAAAAGAUAUAAGACCGCCAUUUAAACCAGCUGUUAGGGAGGACGAUGCGUUUUACUUUGAUAAUGAAUUUACUUGCAAGACACCUAAAGAUUCUCCUGGGGUACCACCUAGUGCAAACGCUCAUGAAUUAUUUCGCGGAUUCAGUUUUGUCGCACCAUGUUUGCUCGCGGAUGCGGAGCACGUUAUGUCUCUGCCGGAAUAUAAUAGAAACUACGAUAACAUUAGUGCUAUUUUUCCAACCUAUGUUAAUCCUGUUUCCAUAACUGACGAAUAUGAAUUUAAACAAGAAAUUGGCAGAGGAAGCUACAGCGUGGUAUACUUGGCUAUUCAUACAACAUCCAAGAUGGAGUAUGCUGUAAAGGUGAUUGAAAAAUCGAAACGAGAUCCGACGGAAGAAAUAGAAAUUCUAUUACGAUACGGUAGGCAUCCCCACAUCGUAACAUUGAGAGCGGUUCACGAAGAUGAUAAACGAGUGUAUCUCGUAUUGGAACUUUUACGCGGUGGUGAACUCCUCGAUCGUUUGCUACAGAGACGAAAUUUUACCGAAAGAGAAGCUGCCGAAGUCAUUUACACUGUCACAAGUGUGGUGCAUUAUUUGCACGAGAACGGAGUUGUUCAUAGAGACUUAAAGCCAUCAAACAUUCUAUAUACGAAAUCUGGCGGUGAUCCAACGACGCUCUGUAUAUGUGACCUUGGCUUUGCAACACAAUUACGAGCGGAGAACGGUUUGCUAAUGACGCCCUGUUACACAGCCAAUUUUGUAGCACCCGAAGUAUUGAAACGCCAAGGGUAUGAUGCAGCGUGUGACAUUUGGUCACUCGGAGUUUUAUUGUACAUUAUGCUAGCUGGAUACACGCCUUUCCGUAACAGCCCAGGAGAUAGUGCAAGCGAUAUAUUAGAUCGUAUUGGAUCAGGAUAUAUAGACGUGGAAAGUGGAAUAUGGUGUCAUGUUUCCAAUGAAGCUAAAGAACUAGUUAAGAGGAUGCUGCACUUAGACCCCACUCGAAGACCUACGGCAGCUAUGAUUUUAAAAUAUCCAUGGAUUGUAAAUCGACAUCGUAUCCAUCCAAAAGUAUUGCCAGAUGUUAUUAAAGAUCCGCAUAGUUUAAAGAUGGCAGUCGCGGAGACAUACAGAGUAAUAGCAAGUAAUCCGAGAUCACCGCAUAUUGGUCCCGUGGUCAUGUCCGAAUUGGCACGUCGCAGAACACAAGGCAAAUCUAGUGGUCUCACCCAAGUUUAACUUUAAUAUCUCUUGUACAGAUUUAACUUUUAUCUCAAGAUGGAAAAAUACUUAGGAUAACAAAAUCAUAUUUUUAAGUACAAGCAAAAAUAGUUUAAAGUGCCCACAUUAAUGUCAUUGUGGAAAGUAUAACGGAAUAUAAUAGAACGUUUGUGACAGUGAGCCAAAUGUGAUAUUUAUUUAUAGUUAAUUGCGUUUAAUACAUCUAUUCAUAGGCUGUAUAUCAUAGGUGCCUAUGUGUGUCGUGUUACCAUGGCUCCAUAAUAGAGUGCAAAAGAUUCCAAUGGUCAAAAUAAGCAGCACUUAGUUAUUUUUUAAUUUUUUUUUUUUAUAC